AUGUUACUAAAAAGUCUUCUUCUCAUAUGGCUACUUUUCACAUUAAUGAUCAAUUUGCCAUCAGUCGUUUCACAAGAAUCUAGUGAGCAAAGUAUUUCGUUUAAUCAGCCGAAAUUCUGCUUGUUUCCAUCUUGGAAUCCUGCAGCUAUUACUUUAGCUAGCAAGGAAAUAGUUGGUGCAUCGCCUCGUGGAAUCUUUAUCGAUCAAAACAACACUAUCUAUGUUGCUGGACAGGAAAAACAUGAAGUGAUUGUAUGGUUUAACAGUAGCAACGACCCAUCGGAAAUCAAAUUCAAACACUCAUUUAAUCCAAUGAGUCUCUUCGUCAUGGCUAAUGGAGAUAUUUAUAUUGAGAAUGGUGUAAACAAUACAGUGAGGGUUUGGUCAAGGAAUGAAGAAAGUAAUAUUUUACUAUCCAAUGUUAAUGAACCCUGCUUUGGUUUAUUCGUUGAUAUUGUAAAAAACCUGUAUUUUACUGUCCGUGAGAAACAUCAAGUAAUAAGACAAUCGCUUACCACUGGGGCCAAUGUAUCAAUCGUCGUGGCGGGCACUGGACAACUAGGAUCAAGCGCUGAAAUGUUGCACUGGCCUCGUGGAAUUUUCGUUAAUAAUAAGCUUGAUCUCUAUGUAGCUGACUGCGGUAACGACCGAGUUCAACUGUUUACAGAUGGCAAUAAAACUGGUGUGACAGUGGCUGGAAAAGAAGCAAAGGACACUAUUGAACUCCGUUGGCCAACUGGAGUCCUAUUGGAUGCAAACGGAUAUUUAUACGUAGUCGACGAAGGUAACCAUCGAAUAGUUGGUUCAGGGCCGUAUGGAUUUCGAUGUUUAGUGGGAUGUUAUGGUGCGGCAGGUUCAAGUUCGUUUCAAUUGGACCACCCACAGACCUUAGCGUUUGACAGUGACGUGCCGCUCUAUAAUCAACCGAAGGUUUGUCCAUCGAUGUCUUGGACCGAAAACGCUACAACUUUGAUGAUUGGCCAUAAUGGGUCUUUUGCAAUUUUUGUUACUAACAAUAAUAGUAUUUACGUGACUAACAUUGUAAAGAAUUGGGUAGAAUUAUGGACAAAUGAAAGUUCGAUGUCAACGAUAUUGAAUCGUGGUGAAUUGAAUCAGCCAUUCAGUGUCUUUGUAACGACUAAUUUUGACAUAGUUGUGGACAAUGGUAAGAAGAAUCGUAUUGAAUUAUGGACACGGAGUGGAACAUAUAGCAUUCCAUUGUCGCAGUACAAUGACUCUUGUUUUGGACUUUUCAUCGAUGUGAACGAUAACAUCUAUUGUUCUAUUCAGUCGAAGCAUCAAGUAAUUAGAAACUCAUUGUACAAGAGCACUGUUAAUUGGACGAUGGCAGCAGGCAAUGGUUCUCCUGGAUUUACUUCGGAUAGACUCACACAUCCGCGAGGAAUAUUUGUCGAUACUAAGCUCAAUCUGUAUGUGGCCGACUCCGAAAAUCAUAGAAUUCAAUGUUUUCAUAGAGGAAAUAAAACCGGUCAGACUGUUCUAGGCGAUGAAACUAUUGAAGAAACUACACUGAAUAAGCCCUCAGGAGUCAUUGUAGACUUCGAUGGAUAUUUAUUCGUUGUGGACUCUGGUAAUGCUCGCAUUAUUGGUAGUGGACCAAAUGGUUUUCGAUGUUUAGUAGGAUGCUCGGGUAAAAGUGGUUCCAAACCAAACGAAUUAAACGGGCCAAUAACAAUGAGUUUCGACAGUUACGGUAACUUAUUUGUCGUUGAUCUAGACAAUGCGCGUCUUCAAAAGUUUACGCUAGCUACGAACUCUUGUCAUGAACAUUCUUAUCGUACUAACACGACUACUGAUAUAAUCACUACGUUGGAAACACUUUUAGUAACAAAUACUGAAUCGUCGUUUAUUUUCAUCGCAUUCCCUUGUAAUGACUCGACAUACAUUGGCUCUAACUGUAGUAUUCCUAAUCAUAUCUGUAACAUAUCGAAUCCAUGUCAAAACAAUGGUACUUGCAAUAUCAGCACAACAAAACAUCACGGUUACGACUGUUCUUGUCCGAUCGGUUUCAAUGGUACAACUUGUGAGAUCGAUCGUCGGCCUUGCAAACCAUACACUUGUUUAUAUCAUGGUAAAUGUAAUCAGACAUCAGAUACAACAUUUCACUGUGAAUGUGAUGACGGAUGGCAAGGCGUUCAUUGUGAAUCGAUGACGAACCAUUGUCAUAAUAUUACAUGUUCAAAUAACGGAGUAUGCCGACCAUUACUACGAGGUUAUAAAUGUGAAUGUUUGAGUAAUAGUUACUCAGGCCGUCAUUGUGAAAUUACUUCAAAGAAGAUCGUUAUAUUUAAAAUUGUAUCGAAAUCAUUUGCAUACAUUGUGGUUAUCGCUCUAGGAUGUGUUGCAGCAUUUGUAAUUAUAAUGGACAUUUUGCGAUAUGGAUUUGGCGUUGAUCCUGUUCGUGAAGAACGAGAACGAAUACGACGUACUCGACUCGCGCAGCGACGACGAAGACGCCCUGUUAUCAAACGGUUCGUCUAUGUUAACGCGCCAAGGAAUCCGAUUAUCAAGAUUGAAGACACGACGAAUUCUUACAUAUGA